AUGACAACUACAACUGGACUUGUUCGAGACAAGCGUUCACAAAAUCCACGUAAAGUUUUUUCUCCUACUACAACAUCUGUACCAUUACCUACCAACUAUCUUAUCUAUAUGGAAGAUACGGUAUCUUAUUCAAUUGUUGGUCGUGCGAGCAUCAAGAAAAUACAAGACAAAAAGGCAACAUUAACCAUAAAUAAAAAAAAGUUGGUGGGAGAAAUUGUUGUUGCUGGUACUUUUGCUCGUUGUCAAGCUGAAUUGAACAAACUUCAAAGAGCUUCACAAUCAGUCGAGAAAGAUAAAAUGGCUAGUAUUGAUCACGAUAACAUAUUGGGAAAUUACGAAUUUAAUCAAAAUGAUGAUGUUGUUGAGAGGAAUGAAGAUGAUGGACAGACAGAUGAAGAUUUAUAUGAAGAAUCUGGGGAAUCAGAUAAUGAAAACUUUUACCAUCAACAUACCAAUAUGAAACGAAAAAAUCAGCCUUCGAAUUCAUUAAUUGAUGGAUCUCGACCAGCAAAACGAUGUAAACGAACAAAUUUCGACGAAAUUUAUAUUGAUUCAAAUAAUCAAGAUGAUUCAACACUAUGUUCAACAACAAAAAAAGCAAGUUUAUCAACAGACGGUUGUACAUUGAAGUCAAUUGAAGAGCAAAUGAACGGUUUCAAUACAAAUAUGCUUAAAAUGAACCAUUCGAUUCGCCAAAUGGCAUCAAGUUCUAAUAGAAUAAGUUCACAUAAUUUUGAAUGUUAUCGAGACUCGAAUUCUCAACAAAUAUUUCCAACAAACGUUGAUUACAAUGGUACAAAUUUAAUUACAAUUGUUGGAAAAGAUUUUGGUGAUUUUGCUCGUCAAAUAAUGCGUAUUUUAUAUACACCCGAUGAACUUCAAACUUGUAUUUUGCCACCACGGCGACCUCAUUUAUCUCGAGAACCACUUGAUCCAGAUCGAUUUCGCCUUCUUAAUGAGGCCGUUCGGGUUAAAUACCGGCUAGCGACACAUUUGUACGAUGGUUUCUUCAAGUAUCAUCUUGGUCCGAAACUUAGUGAUUUCUUAGUUGAAGAACGUCGUCGUGAUAGUAUCAAGAUUGCUCGAAACCAAGCAAAAUUAGCUGCUUGUCAAGCUGCAACUCAACAACAAAAUAAUUAA